GAAAAGCAUCUGCCUGAAGAAACGCAUCAAGUGGCUAAAUAAAGAAACGGUCAAGAUUGAGGAAAGACAAACAUGAGAAACCUAGCUAUCAUUGCCUUGCUGCUCAGCUGUGUAAUAGAUGGCACUGUCUAUAGCCAGGUAACCUGCCGCAGAGCCACGUCUCAUGAAUGGCACACUCAGCCAAAGAACAUCAGCGUGAAGUGGACCCUCAUGGAGAACACCUGCAGCAGCUUGACCCAGUGCUGGAAUAGACAAACAGAAACAAAUGGACGCUUGUGGACAACUGGGCCAUAUGACUUUCCUCAGCUUUGCCCUCUGGAAUUUCAACUUGGAGAUGUGAUGUUUGUUUCUGCUGACAGAACGCUGGAACUAUAUGGUAUCCACCUAAUCAAUGUGUCCAAAGAAGAGUUUGAAAACCUCUUGACUUUAGAGCCACGAACGGAGCAGUUGGUGUUUGCCAGCAGUAUUAAUAGCACUUUGCAAGUGGAAUCGAAAUGGCUGAUGUCUGGUAUGAAUUACUUCACGGUCGUUCAUAGAGGCAGUAGUCAUCUGUGUAGGCUUGGCCUCCGCAUUGCACUUCUGGUAAAGCCUCAGUACUGCCAGAGCUCACCUCUUCUCCGUCUGUGUUCGGGAAAUGGUGAAUGCAGAACUACAUUUAAAGAUGAUUCAUUUAGCUGUCAGUGCCACAAACACUUUUCAGGACGUUAUUGCGAGAACAUUGAUGGAUGCUAUGAACAGCCAUGCUUAAAUGGAGGCACCUGCCUGAGCAAGAGAACAGCCUACACAGAUCUCCCACCUUAUGAAUGUCUUUGCCCAGCUCCAUUCACAGGUGUCAACUGCUCUGAAAUCAUUGGACAUCAAAAUUGCAGUAAAGGGUGCAAAAACGGAGCUUGUGUACAAGUCUCCUCAACUUCCUACAGAUGUGAAUGUUUCACAGGAUAUACAGGUACUUACUGUGAGCGAAAGAGGCUCCUCUGCGAUUCAAACCCGUGCUGGAAUGACGGUCGCUGUGAGGAGACUGCUAAUGGAUAUGUUUGCACAUGCCCAGGGGGUUUCACAGGCCUCAACUGUGAGACCACCACUGAGGCUGACAGCUACUGCAAGUCUAACGGAUGUCAACUGGACGAAGCUUGCGCUACAGACAAACUCAAUUCCACAUGUAUUUGCAUAGACCUGGAAUGCUCGGAGCAGGCGGAGACGUGUGGCACUUUGCCCUGUCUCAACGGUGGCAUCUGUAUAGUUCAGAAUGGCCUGUAUCAUUGCAGAUGCCGACAAGGUUUUUCCGGAAAGAACCGUGAAGAAAUAAUUGACUUCUGCAAGCUGCUCAAUAUUAACUGCCUGAAUGAGGGAUUGUGUCUCAGCCUAGUUGGAGGAUAUAAUUGUCUCUGUGCACCAGGAUGGACAGGGGAGUUUUGUCAGUACUUGGAUAACCCAUGCUUAGUCUAUCCAAACAGAUGCUUGAACGGAGCUACUUGCAUCAGUAUGAGUCAGCCAACUGCACCCCCACACUAUAUGUGCACCUGUCUCCCUGGAUACACAGGACGCUACUGUGAGGCUGAAGUAAAUGGGUGUGAUUCCAGUCCCUGUCAGCACCAGGGAACAUGCACUGACUUUAUUGGAUACUACAGAUGUGCCUGUCCUUCAGGAUACACUGGGGUUGACUGUAAGGUUGAUGUAAACGCCUGCACGCUUCCAAAUGUCACCUGUCCCCCUGGAACGUUCUGUGUUGAUUUACCAGGUGACCAGCUCCAUAUAUGUCACACUCAAUGCCCUCAUUAUCUACAGCCAUGUGCCAAUGGAGGACAUUGUGUUCUCAACAGCAUCACCAGUUACAGUUGUGUUUGUGCACCUGGAUGGACUGGGCUGACCUGCUUGGUCAACAUAAAUGAGUGUGUCCAGCACAGGUGUCAGAACGGAGACACCUGCAUGGAUGAGGUUGGUGGGUACAGUUGCCUUUGCGGUCACGGAUAUACUGGAGUCCACUGCGAACUUGACAUUGACUUCUUCUCUGAGCAUCAGUGUUCAGAACACGCCGUCUGUCUGGACCAACAGCACAACUACACCUGCCACUGCAUGCUGGGAUAUGAGGGAACGUUCUGUGAGCUUGAGACAGAUGAAUGCAAAAGUGCACCAUGCGCCAACGGUGCCACUUGCAUUGAUUUGGUGGCAGGUUACCAAUGCCUGUGUGCUCCAGGAUUUAAGGGUCGAACAUGCUCCGAGAAUAUGAAUGAGUGCUGGUCCAGACCUUGCCUUAAUGGGGGCACCUGCAUUGAUCUGGUCAAUGACUACAUUUGUAUCUGUCUACUCGGAUUCACAGGACAUGACUGCUCCAUGCCGGCUACGGGCUGCAUUUCCAACCCGUGCGAUACGAAGGGCACUUCCAUGUGCGAAGAGCAGCAGGGCGGUUUCAAGUGCACGUGUCGCCAUGGCUAUAAAGGCCCAUUUUGGGAAACUUCCAUCAGUCACUGCGUCGAAGGAUUGUGUCAUCACGGAUCAAAGUGUGUGGAUCUCCUGCUGGGCUUCGUGUGUGAAUGUUUGCCUGGGUUACGAGGACGAUUCUGUGAGGUAAACAUUGAUGACUGUCUGGAUAAGCCUUGUGGUGCGCUCAGUAUCUGUAAAGAUGGUAUCAAUGCCUAUGACUGUUUCUGUGCGCCUGGGUUCGUCAGUAAUAACUGUGAGAUUGAAGUAAAUUAGUGUCUUAGUCAACCCUGUCAGAAUGGAGCUUCCUGUUCAGAUGAGCUUAACUCCUUCAGCUGUCUCUGCCCUGCUGGGACCACAGGCAGUUUAUGUGAAAUAAACAUAGAUGAAUGCCAGUCAUCACCAUGCAUGAACAAUGGCACGUGUUUGGACCUCUCAGAUGGCUUUAAAUGCGUUUGCCCUUCAGGUUUCUCUGGUCCUGAGUGCUCGCUGGACGUUGAUGACUGUAUCUCAUAUCCCUGUAAGAAUGGAGGCACCUGCAUUGACUAACCGGGUAAUUACUACUGCCGAUGCGCGGCUCCAUUUAAAGGGAUUAACUGCGAGUUGCUGCCCUGUGAGGACGUUAAUCCGUGUGAUAACGGGGCAGAGUGCGUGGAAGAGGCUGAUCCCGUCCUCUUCCCUCUGGGUUUUCGGUGCCGAUGCCACCAGGGUUUCACGGGGCCUCGCUGUGAGAUCAACAUAGACGAGUGCAGCUCCAACCCCUGUCUGCACGGCUUCUGUUACGACGCUGUGGAUGGAUUUUACUGCUUGUGUAACCCUGGUUACGCUGGAAUAAGAUGUGAGCAGGACAUCAAUGACUGUGUCAGCAACAUGUGUGAAAACAACUCGACUUGCGUGGACCUCCAUCUGAGUUACGACUGCCUCUGUCUGCCCGGCUGGGAGGGGGAGUUCUGUCAGUGGGAGACCGAUGAAUGUUCAUCAAACCCCUGUAAAAACAACGCCACCUGUACAGACCUCCUCAAUGCUUACAGGUGCAUGUGUCCUCGUGGCUGGACAGGCCUAGAUUGUGGAGAGGAUGUGAAGGAAUGUUCUUCCUCUCCCUGCCUGAACGGAGCACAUUGUGUGGAGUCUGACAUCCCAGGGGAGUUCUCCUGCACCUGCCCGCCCUUCUUUACCGGCCCCCUCUGUGAACAGGCCUACGACCCCUGCGACCUGCGGCAUAACUCCUGCCUGCACAACUCUACCUGCCGUGCCAAGUCAGAUGGAACCGCCCACUGUGUUUGCCCAGCCGGGUUUGAGGGAACUCGCUGUGAAAUUGAUAGCGAUGACUGUGUCUCAAGACCUUGUCAGAACCAAGGCCAUUGUGUGGAUGGGGUCAACAGUUACAGCUGUUUCUGCAAGCCAGGUUUCUCAGGCCAACGCUGUGAGGAAGACAUCAAUGAGUGUGCAUCCAACCCCUGCCAGAACCGAGGCGUCUGCCAAGACCUUGUGAACGGUUUCCAAUGCAACUGUGUCACCAGAUAUUUUGGAACGCUUUGCAACCUGGACGUAAACGAAUGUGAAGCUUCCCCCUGCCUCCAUGACUCUGUGUGCAUCAACAAACCUGGGGGAUUCAUAUGUGUCUGCCGUACUGGCUUCUCAGGUAAAUGGUGCGAGCUGAACGUUGAUGAGUGCAAAUCUAAUCCAUGCCGAAACAACGGGAGGUGCAUCGACGGUCUUGAUGGUUACCAGUGUGUGUGCUCCAGAGGUUUCAUGGGCUAUCACUGUGAGAGAAACAUUGAUGAGUGCUCAUCCAACCCCUGUGUUCAUGGGAGUUGCCUGGAUGAAAUGGAUGCAUACAGCUGUCAGUGUGAGGUUGGAUGGACCGGUCACAGAUGUGAGAUCAACAUUAAUGAGUGUGAGACUCAUCCUUGUCUUAAUGGAGGCUCAUGUGUGGAUCUUCAGGACAAAUAUGCCUGCAUAUGUGCAGAAGGUUUCACUGGGAAGAACUGUGAGAUUGACCAGAAUGUGUGUCUGCAGACGUCUCUUAAUUUCUCCCUGUGUUUCAAUGGAGGAACAUGUGUGGAUGGACCAGGGGCCAACUUCACAUGUAGCUGCCUGCCAGGUUUUGUAGAUUUCUGUGAGGUAGAGAUGAAUGAAUGCUGCUCUGAGCCUUGCUUUCACGGGGCCAUCUGCCAAGAUCUCAUCAAUGGCUACCAAUGUCACUGUCGACCAGGUUGGACAGGCCUUCACUGUGAAGAUGACAUUAAUGAGUGCUUGCUGCAACCAUGCAACCAGGGAAUGUGCAUCCAGAAUGAGCCUGGCCAUGGCUACACCUGCUUCUGUCGGCCCGGAUUUGUGUCGUGGAGAACCAUCAACCCCAACCCAGAGUUACAACCCACUUUAGCACUUGUGGAGAACUUGCAAAACACUGAGCUGCCGACAGAUAUUAGUUUUGGGAGAUAUUCUGGGAAAUCCUUUUUGGAGUUUGAAGGCAUUGAAGUCGAUGGUGUGUUCAGUGUCACGGUGAGAUUCCAGACUGAAUCCAUGUACGGAACCCUGCUGUAUUCGGCCAGUGCCAAAAAAGGCAUCUUCUUCAUAAAACUCUACAUUUCCAGUGGAACGCUUUGGUAUGACUUUUUGUGCAACCAAAAGGAGGGAGUUCAGCGGAUCAAUAAGACAGAGAACAUUUGUCCACAUGCAUAUCACACUGUUUGUUAUUUUGUUUUUGUUUUCCACAGACAAUAUCUUUCUCCGUGUGCAGCCGAAGUCACUAUUACAGGCUUUGGGACUGUCAGAAGUAUUCCGAGCAAUUACACAUCAGCCGUGAGUUUACAGAGAACUGACCGUCUCUUCAUAGGAGGACUUCCUCUUCGGUUUCCACCUUAUAAAGAAGCUGAGCCUUUCCACAACUACAGCGGUUGCAUUGAAAUAAUCGAAAUUAAUAAGCUCAGAAGAAUCCGUGUGGACCAUGCCAUUGCCAGGAACAAUGUUGACAACUGCAGGCCUCCCUGGCAUCGUGACCCACCAGCAAACUCCACAGACGCCCCUCCUCAGUUCAUCACAGUGGAAACCCCUCCGGAUGGGCGUAUCCCACCCACCCAGCCUUCACCUGUCUGUUCACAGGGGCUCUGUCUCAACGGCGGAUCCUGUCGGCCCAUCUCUCUGCCCAGCGGAGCCUCGUCUUUCUUCUGUGACUGUUCUCUGCACUUCACAGGACGCCUGUGUGAACAAGAUGCAACAAUCUUUUUCCCUCAAUUUGAUGGUACCUCUUUCUUGGAGUUGCUGUCUCUGACAUCCCUGUUUCAGUCAGACAUGCACUUUACAAGCCAUUUCUCUGAGGACAGGAGGACCAUGUAUUUGACGAUGAAGAGCAAGACACCUCAUGGUACUAUUCUCUACUGUGAGUAUCUGAGUGCCACUGGAGAAUUCAGCUCUCAAAAGACCCCAUGA